AUGACUAGCAUACUUGAAUUAGAUGACGGGAAAUCUGACGACGGCAAGCUCACCGUGGCGGGAAUUUGGCGGAGAGAAUUUGAAGGCGUUGAGGGUGCCCCAGAGAAGAGGACAUUUCAGGACUGGAACACUACCGGCGUGAAGUUCGCGCGACUCGCCGGAGGAGGGCCGUUAUCACCUCUGACGCCGAUUGACUCUCCCGUCCCUCCAGAGUUCGACUUACCAGAUGAUGUCGUCAUUUCCUCCCCGCUCAGGUCAUCCCCUGUCCCGCCACACGAGGAAGUAGUGAUUCGCCUCCAGUACGACGAGCAGCAGGAGGAUAACCAGCGCUAUCCGGGACCACGCGGUGACAGAGACAAGAACAUUGUCUGGACCGAGCAAGCCCGUCAACAUGCGUCCAACUCCGCUAGGCCUGCAACCCUGGAGGGUCUCCAGAGUGAGCUUGACGGUUUGUACUCUGAAGGAAAGCGAAUCAGGGACGACUCGUACGUGCGAGUACCCCUAGAACUUAGACGUGCUGACAUUCAGAGGCGCAACAACAGUCUCGUAGCGUCGGUCUGCACCUCGAUGUCGGAAGCUAUGGCAGCCGAUCUGACGGAGCGGCUGGUCGUGUGCUUCGAUACCGAUCCUUUGAAUGACGUGGACACUGUGACGCAAACACAGCACGAGUUCCAAGCCAUUCAUUUCUCGUGGUACAACCGCCACGCCACGAAGGGUCAUGACGCGCCUUCAGACGUACCGCCACAAAUGAUGAGCAAGUCAGGACGGUCGAGGACCAACUACCGUCAAAUGAUACCGUAUCCGUCCAAGGAUAUGGCGGUCCAUGAGCCCAUCUAUCAGGCAAUGGAGCGUAUCCUCGGCGACGUGUUCAGCUGGAUGGACACCAAGACGAUCCUUCCAGGUGUAUACCGUCAUCUCGAGGCAACGGCCAGCAUCCUCCCUAACCACCAGCAGUCGCUGGUCAACCCGUUUGUGGGUUUGGUCAUCAACAUCAACGUCGCAACCUACGCCCACAGAGACAGCAAGGAUGACACUGUCUGUGUCGUCCUUGCUGUUGUUAAAGACAUGCUGGUCUUGUGGUGA